UACGGCUCGAUAGCUAAACCGUGAGUAUGAGAUCGAAUAGUAUUUAGCCUGUGAACGGUAAUUGGAACAAUGGCGCGUUGUGGAAAAUUUGUUACGCGACUAUUAAGGAAAGAGCCGGCCAGAAGUUGUAAUUUGAAAUUUUGCGCUCGAAGGUGCGCUACUCUCUGCUCGAAAUCAAUUUUGAAAAAGGAACGUAGAGUCGCCGCGAGAAGUAUGACAACCGGGAUAGAGGAUCCAUACUUACGUCAUUUGUUUGACGGCGAUACGGCGUUAAACGUCUACAGCAAGAAUGUCGUCAACCUCUCGGUCGGUGCACCCGGUCCCGACUUGCUCAAGCACUGCAGUAGUCUAUUGGCAAAGGCUACAAAGCAUAGACUGGAGGAGGAAGAUAAAGAGGACAAAUACUAUCUUUUUCAAUAUGGCAUAACUGCUGGUUUAUGGGAAUGUCGAGAAGAAUUGGCAAAAUUCUUGACUCGACGCUACGGCGACCCUGUUGCUCGCGAAAAUUUAAUUCUCACUUGCGGAGCGACACAUGGCAUUCAACUUAUAUUGACCAGUGUUAUAGCACCAGAUGGCGUGAUUUUUGUCGAUGAAGUUACUUAUAUGAUAGCUCUUGACACUUUCAAACAAUUCCCAUUGAUAAGAGUUAUUUCAGUCCCGAUGAAGAAUGAUAUCGUUGACUUGGAUGCUUUUGAGCAAUUGAUUAAAAUUGAAAAAAACACGAAAUACACUGUGGGGAAGGAAAAAAUUUUCUGGGCCAUGUAUUACACAGUGCCGAUUUUUCAUAAUCCAACGGGAAUGUCCAUAUCGCCGGAGAUGUCGAAAAGAUUAGUGAAAAUGGCGAGGGAGAAUUCAUUUGCAGUAAUUUGCGACGAUGUUUACAAUCUUUUACACUACGAAGAUAAAUAUCCACCGCAUAGAUUGUUUAAUUAUGACGAUCCGAAUAAUCCUGAUUAUACCGGUGGAAACAUCAUUUCUAACGGCUCAUUUUCAAAAAUUCUUUCACCUGCUAUUCGUGUUGGUUGGAUCGAAUGCGGAUCAAAAGUGGCGAAAAUUCUUAAAGGAUCCGGUAUUUUAAAAAGUGGCGGAGCUGUUAAUCAUUAUGUUUCUGGAUUGAUAGCAAGUUUAUUGCACCUUAAAUUAGAAGACGAAUACUUGGACAAAUUAAUAAAAAUUUACAAGGAAAGAAUGAAUACUCUUUGCGAUACAUUGGAUAAAAAUCUCCCAGCCAAUUGUUCAUAUCGUCAUCCCGAAGGUGGCUAUUUCGUUUGGAUUAAGCUCCCGGAAGGUUUGGAUACAAUUCCAUUUAUGAAAUGGUGUCAAGAAGUUCACAAAGUAAUGGCGAUACCUGGGGCUCGAUUUUCUAAUCAUGGCGAAUCAAAAAAUUGUAUUAGAGUUAGUAUUGCCUUUCAUAGCGCUGAAACAAUUAGAGAUGCGAGUAUAGUUCUGUGCAAAGCUAUUACUGAAUAUAUGAAGAAAAUAUCUGGUAAAAAUUGAAUUAUAGAAUAAAAAUGUGUAUUAUGUAAAUAUAU